AUGGAGUACUACACAUUUUCUCAAGAAUUUACCGAAAACGACGACGAUCGUGCUUCGGGAAAGCAUCACGUGAAGAACACCUGGGUCAAAGAACGUUACGAGAGCGAUGAAGAAGAUGGGUCGAGAGAAGAGAAGGUGAACAAACUGAUCAUAAAACAAGAAGAAGAUCAAGAAACAAAAGGUAUGGUGACUUCAUCGAGUACGAUGUUGUCUAGUAAAGUUAGGUAUCUCAACUAUGGAGUUCUUAAACAUGACUUACCGGCUCCGGCAGCUUCCGGUGGCGGAGGAAGAGCUCUUCCUUUUCCCUCGAACCCGUACCACCGUGGCCAUGAAAAGUACUACAGAUGCAGGGGUUGA